UCUGUCGACGCUGAGUAACGUGUUUAGUUUGAGUUGUAGUGCUCGUGUGAAAACACCAUGUUUCUAAUACUAUUAACCGUGUCAAUAUGUACGUCAAUGGCUUCUACUGGAGCCCAAAUGGAUUUCGAUGUCAAUGAUUUAAAAACAAUUAAAAAUCAACUCAAUAUGCUCAUGGAAAAACGGCAACAAGACUACGAGCAAAUGGAAAAAUCGUUAUUUGAAUCACUCAAAAAAAGUUCUGGCCUCCUAGCUUUAAGGGAUGAAAUUCAAAUACUCAGAGAUGAACAUUUGAGAAUGACUCAACCUGGAAAUAGUGGUAUUCGUGAUAAAGUUGCUGUAGGUUGGUUGAAAGAAGUAAUAGAAAGCCUAAAAUCAGAAAUGCAAGGCGUUUGGUCAGCAAUCAACGAAACGGCUCAAAUACAUAAAACGGCUACUUUAAAAACCGAUAUCCAAGCUUUGAGAAAAGAUCUGGAUGCAAAUCGAAAAGACUUGCAAACUAUACAAGGAGAGUUGUUAUCUGUUCGAAAGAAUAUCGAAGACGUGACCUUUAAGCACACAGAAUUAAAAAAAAAGAUAAAUGUUGCAAUCAACUAUCAAAAGAGUACUAAUAAAAACAACGGCGAAUUUGACGGGAACCCAAUUGCAAACAUUUACAAGAGAUUGGCAGUUACCAAUGAAGAUCCUUUGCAGACGAAUGUUAUUACGACCUUUGUAACAGAUAGAGAAGCUCAAGAACUCGAACACCUAGAAUCUUCACGAAAAUCUUUGACUCAUCGAAUGACGCGGUUAGAAAAACGCAUAAAGGGCAUAUUAUACAGGGAGAGCACAGUUGUCGAACGAGAGAACCGAUUGUCUAGACUGGAAGCCAACCUAAACGCUACCACCGCAGCUUUAGAGUUCAACGCAACCCGCCAAGAUGCUACCUUAGACCGACUACACGGAUCCUUACUAGAGUUGUUGGAAAGCGUGGAAACUCUAGACGCCCGGAUCGAUGCCUGCUUGCCAGAGGUACGCAAAGAGAUUUCGAAAAUUGAGUUCGCCGUGGCAAGAAUGAACGCCUCAGUAGCCAUCAUUAAAGAAGAUCAGAACAAUCAAAUUUUAACGACUAAAGCCCUCGGUGAAGGUAUGUCGGCCAUACAGAGAACGCUGAGUAAAACUUCUGAAAAAAACACCAAACCAAUAAAUAGUGUACAAAAUGCAAAUAGCACGGAUUUUAUAACCGCUCUCAAAGAAUUAGCCGCUAUUCAGAGCUCCUACGAGAAAAUUGUUGACGACCUACCUAAAGAUUGUUCGCAAGUGAAUGUAGCUGGAGAAUACCUAAUCUCGCCAAAUGGAAAAAAAACAUUCUUAGUUCACUGUGAAAUAUCUGACGAUAUGUCCUGGAUUACAUUUCAAAGAAGAACUAAUGAUCAACUAAAUUUCAAUAAGGAUUGGAAGGGUUAUUCAGAAGGAUUUGGACAUUUAUAUGGUGAUUUUUGGCUUGGUAACGAUGUUAUUCACCAAUUGACCUUAUAUAACAAAUCCUCUUUGCGAAUUCAUAUGACGGAUAUAUAUGGAAAUAAUUGGCAAGCAGACUAUGCAAAUUUUACGUUGUCUGAUGCUAAUAGCGGCUAUAGAUUGAAUGUUUCUGGGUACCAAGGUAAUGCAUCCGAUGCAUUAUCUUUUCAGAAUGGCCAUCAAUUUAGUACAGCAGAUCGUGAUCAAGACGACAGCGCAACAAACUGUGCAGCAAAUUAUGAAGGAGGCUGGUGGUACUCACGAUGUCAGCAUGCCAAUCUAAACGGCAAAUAUAAUUUUGGGCUCACGUGGUUUGAUACCAGUCGUAAUCAAUGGAUUGCAAUUGCUAAGAGCGAAAUGAAAGUCGGAAAACGUAUUGCUAAAGGAUAGUUUUUUAAGUACCUAAUUUUUUUAAUCCGUUAUUAUUUAUAUGUGCUAGUCAUAAGAGAUGAUGUUAAAUAUUCAUGUAAUAUUGUCCUUUUUAUUUAUUGAACUGAUUAGAUAGUUGGUAUAACUUAAGUUAUAUGUGUUGAAUCCUAUUCGGCUAUUAAUUAUGGCCUAGUGAUAAUACUUAUUUUUGUCAACAUUUUGUUAAUAAUUAAAACAAAGAUUCAUUGUAUAAGUGAACAAUAGUAAUAAUUAUUAAGGUUAUAGUUAUCAAAUCAAAUGUAAUAUUUUUGUCACCAUUUUUAGAUAAAUAGGUAUCUAGUUAUUAAGAAUUAAAUACAUACAGUAUUCAAAACAAAUAAAGUUUAAAAUAUUGUAUUUUUAAAUUCGGUGGUACUGAUCAACAUACUGCUGAUACUCUCAUAUUUUUAAAAUGUAUUAUUAUAAAAUACCACCAACGUAAGUAAUUAUGUCAAUUAAACCGGAUUAUGCGAUAAAAUAAAAACAAAUGUUAAGAAUGGUUUUAAAAAUAUAUAAAAAUGUUGGUUUCAGUGUAAUUAUUGUUGUGUAAAAGUACUUAAAAUAGUAAUGUUUAUAUUUAGUAUAUCACCCAAUCACCUAUGUCAGUCUACAAUUAGUUAAUAAUAAAAACCCUAUUAGUUUAUGUAUUUGAAGUAUAAUAAUGAUAAUGCUCAAAUUAAUUGAGCAAACUAUAAUAUUUUGUGGAAUAAUAAACAGUACAUAUACAUAGUCUGUAGUCAAAA